CGUCGAAACAAUCCUCCCGCGGACCUGAAGAAGAAGAAUGCUUUGAACGAGAUGGUGAUGUGGGUUCGAGAAAUUGGGUACCAGCCAGCAGAUUUCGACCGCUUUAACAUUGUUCACGUUGCCGGAACGAAAGGAAAAGGGACCACGUGCGCCUUCGUUGAUUCAAUUCUUUCACAAUAUCAUGAUCACUACAAAACACCAAGAAGAGUAGGGUUAUAUACAUCUCCUCACCUACUCAGUGUCUGUGAACGCAUACGGAUCAAUUCAAAACCUCUAACCGAAGAAAAAUUUGCGCAUUAUUUUUUUGAAGUUUGGGAUAUGCUUGAGGCAGCAGCGGUUGAACGAGGGGGUGAUAUCAGCAUCAAACCGAAGUACUUCCGGUACUUAACUCUCAUGUCGUUCCAUGUUUUCAUGAAGGAGGACGUAGACGUUGCCAUAUACGAAGUAGGAGUCGGCGGUCAGUUCGAUUCAACUAAUGUUAUCGAAAGACCCAUCGUGACCGGGAUCACUUCCCUUGGCAUAGACCAUGUUCAGAUACUUGGUAAUACCAUUGAAGAGAUCGCAUGGCAUAAGGCUGGAAUUAUGAAAUCUGGCUCAUAUACAUACAGUGUAUGGCAGCCUGAAAGUGCCAUGGACGUGUUGAGAGAAAGAGCAAAGGAAAAGGGCUCAAUAUUCAAAGCAAUUCCACACGCGGAAUGUCUGAAAAAUGUUCGAGUUGUACCGGAUGAGGACUUUCAAAAACGCAAUGCCUCUCUUGCAAUCUUCUUGACUGCACACGUUCUCGCUAGGUUAUAUCUUUCUGGCACGACCGAGCACGAUCGAGAAAAGAUUAAAGCCGACGCCGAUGAUAUUCUCAGCCUCGAGCAACCUCUUCCAGAACUUUUUGGAGCGGGGCUUACGGAUACUGUAGUUCGUGGGCGAUGUGAGAUAAUCGACAAGGCCUACGGGCGAUGGUUCCUUGAUGGUGCACAUACGAAAGAGAGUCUCGAAGUCGUAAGCGACUGGUUCGGCAAGAUUGUCCAGACAUCUGCAGACCAAGAAGGAGUAGAUGCGUUAUGCAUUCUUUUGUUUAAUCAGCAGGCUAGCACUCGAGAACGAAAGCGAUUGAUUACAACAGUACAAGAGAGACUUCGACAGAAAUGGAACAUAAGACCUCAAGAGUCGAUCUUUUGCACCAAUAUCACAUUUAAAAGCCAAGGCUACGCAACCGAUCUUGAUGAUAGGAAUUCAGAUCACGCCAUAGUGAGCAGUUUGACUGUUCAACACGAGUACGCCAAAUAUUGGCAGUUGCAUGAUCCUGAGGCAUCAACACAUGUCGUUGCUUCCAUUGAAGAAGCUAUAGCUACUAUAUGCGACCUCAACAAAGCAAAUACUGGCCGUCCAGUCUAUAUUCUAGCGACAGGAAGUUUUCGUUUAAUUGGUGGUGUACUUACCAUUUUGGAAAGCGAGUAAACUUCGAAAGAGGCUUGAAAGCACCCGAGCAUCUCUGCCUGAGAACGCGCUGUUCACCAUAGCUCGACGAGAAUAACAAGCCAGGCCUGUUAUCGUUGUGCAUACCAACAUGUCAACACAUCAGAGUACGAUUUUGCAGAAGUUCAACACCUCAACGUAUCAGCCAUCCACUUUCAGGAACUGAUUCACCAUUGUUCGAGUUAUUGACAGACCAUCUACAUCAUCCGUUGCAUGUGGCGAGCAUUACGCUAUGUUACAGCUUUGAAUGAUACUUUUCCAUAGCUAUGGAGAAUCCUAGCCUUUCUUGUUUCCACAUCGCACGAUCAGAAUACGUAGCUCUUCCCGAGUUUGGGUACGAUGAAUGCCCAUAUGGGAACGCCUAG